AUGGUCAGCUAUCCAUUGAAUUAUAAUCAGUAUAUCAACUAUCAUGGAUCAGUAUAUUCAGAAAUGAGUCGAUCAUUGGUGUUACCAGUUGGAUAUGACAGAAUUCUAUUUGAUGGAAUGUCGAAUGCAAUAACUCAAGAGCAUUCUUCAGCUUCGUCGGUUGUUCGAAGCGUAGCAGGUGUACUAAAUAAAAAUACUAUACGAACUCCAUCUGUUUCAAAUGAAGCUCAACGAUCAAAUAAUGAUAUUGAUCCGGUGACAGAUCCUGAUCCCUCAUCAAAUAUUGUUUGUUCUGAUGAUGAUAAUGAUGAUGCCUAG